AUGGCCCCAGAGCAGUCAGCGUGCAAAGGUGCGUGGAGUGCAGCGCGCCUAGCGGCGCCAGCUGCCGGUGCCCGCGCGUGGGCGGCGGUGGCGGCUCAAGCGCGGCGGGCCGCAGCGGCGCGACAGCCAGCUCGGUGCAGUGCGGCGUGGCGCGCGGCGCGGUCGGCAUGCGGCUGCUCCUGCCGCGUGUCCACCGGGUGCCACCAGCUCGGCUCGAGCGCGGUGGGCCGCAGCAGCGCGGUCAGCGCGCGCGCUUCAGGCAGCAGCAGCGCGGUCAGCGCGCACUUCGGGCAGCAGCGCGCACAUCGCGGGCGCUUCGGGCAGCAGCGCGCACAGCGCGGCCAGCGCCAGCAGCGGCAACGGCUCGCGCUCGGCGCGCAGCAGGUCGCGCGCCAGCGAGUGCGCGGGCAGGCGGUGCAGCCGGGCGAGCCGGCGCGUCACGAGCGGCGCCAGCGCGGCGAGCGCUGCGUGGUGCGCGGCGCGGUCGGCGCAGCAGGAGUCCAGCAGGUGCCGCGCGUGCAGCAAGAACGCGCGGGCGGAGCCGGUGCGCGCGUGGUGGAGCAGCAGGGCGCGCGUGUGGUGCGCGAAUGGUGGUGGAGAUGGCAGAGUGGACCUAGCAAGAUGCACAGCGGAUCCCAAUACGAGGCGUCAAGUGUGCCUUGGGUAGAGAAGACCUUCGAGGGCGAAGGAAUUGGGCACUAUUCAAAGGAGAUAAAUCUUUCAGCAUGCACACCUACGCUACGCAACUGAUCAAGUUUUACAUGGAGGAUGCUGACUCAGACAUUGAGAGUUGGUGCAGGUUGACGGAAAUUAUUGUGAUUGACGUAAACUGGAAGGGCCUUUGUGAGUGAGUGAGUUGAGGGGGCCGGGCCAAGGGCGCCCGGGCCACCCUGUUGCCGUGGUUGAAGGGGCUGUUUACGCCCGGGCCACGCUGGUGUAAUGUUGGUUUCCUGAUCGCACGGCUGCAUGCCUGGAUCAGCAGUAAUAGUGGUAGUUGGGUUUGAGGUAACUGGUUGAAGGAGCCUUGGCUUAAGCCUUGCGCAUCGGGCCAUGUUACCUAAACUCUGGUUUCCUGGUCGGCCAGCUGUAAUGUGUUGGUUUCCUGGUCGGGCCAGCUGUAAUGUUUUGGUUUCCUGGUCGGCGGGGCCUCACCCCGGGCCAGCUGUAAUGUUUUGGUUUCCUGGUCGGCGGGGCCUCACCCCGGGCCAGCUGUAAUGUUUUGGUUUCCUGGUCGGCGGGGCCUCACCCCGGGCCAGCUGUAAUGUUUUGGUUUCCUGGUCGGCGGGGCCUCACCCCGGGCCAGCUGUAAUGUUUUGGUUUCCUGGUCGGCGGGGCCUCACCCCGGGCCAGCUGUAAUGUUUUGGUUUCCUGGUCGGCGGGGCCUCACCCCGGGCCAGCUGUAAUGUUUUGGUUUCCUGGUCGGCGGGGCCUCACCCCGGGCCAGCUGUAAUGUUUUGGUUUCCUGGUCGGCGGGGCCUCACCCCGGGCCAGCUGUAAUGUUUUGGUUUCCUGGUCGGCGGGGCCUCACCCCGGGCCAGCUGUAAUGUUUUGGUUUCCUGGUCGGCGGGGCCUCACCCCGGGCCAGCUGUAAUGUUUUGGUUUCCUGGUCGGCGGGGCCUCACCCCGGGCCAGCUGUAAUGUUUUGGUUUCCUGGUCGGCGGGGCCUCACCCCGGGCCAGCUGUAAUGUUUUGGUUUCCUGGUCGGCGGGGCCUCACCCCGGGCCAGCUGUAAUGUUUUGGUUUCCUGGUCGGCGGGGCCUCACCCCGGGCCAGCUGUAAUGUUUUGGUUUCCUGGUCGGCGGGGCCUCACCCCGGGCCAGCUGUAAUGUUUUGGUUUCCUGGUCGGCGGGGCCUCACCCCGGGCCAGCUGUAAUGUUUUGGUUUCCUGGUCGGGCUUCGCGCCCGGGCCAGCUGUAAUGGUUUGGUUUCCUGAUCCAGGGUCAUCACGCCCUGAUCAGCUGUAUUUAUUGUGAUUCUACGAUCUGAUAUUCGCACACUCUGUAGUCAGGAAUGGACGAGCUGUGAUAAUGAGAAAUUGAAUGUUUACAGAUGGACAAACCCUGGACUAAGCGCACGAGGCCGUGCGAUAGUCAGGCUGGCCGUGUCGGCGCCGGACUCAGAUGCUGCAAAUGAUUAUUGAUGAUUAAUAGUACCAAUCUUAAUAUUAUGUUAUCUGUAUAAAUCUGUAGAGCG